UACAGCGACGUUUUAAUGAUGUAUAUUGUACUGCUGCUGCAAUAAGUAGUAAUCAAGGGAAAUGGUAUUGUUUAGAUCAGAAAAGAAAGUGGAAAAUUGCUUAAGUUCAAGUAUUGGAAAAGCCUGCAGCUAAAAAAAAUCCUAAAGGAAUCUAAACCUUCAGAAAAUAAGUUUGGUGGUUUGUUAUGAAGCUUGCUAGAAUGCAGAUUUAUUUAUUUAUUUAUUUAUUUAUUUAUUUAGCAUUUUAGUUAUUUAAUGAUAAGAUUUUUUUAUGAAACAAAAUGCUCUGUAUGUAUUUUUAAGGGGCGGAGAAAGAUAAAUCUAAAAUUUAAAUCAUCCCUCCAUCAUUUCACUUAGGGUAGAUGGGUGUGUUUGCUUACGUUGCUGGCAUCUUUUGAGCUAGUCUACACAAUGAAUAAUAUUCCAACAUAAUUUUGGAUGCUUUUGGCAAGCUGUGGCCUCGGCCCUAGCAACACGUUUCAAGCAGCAACAUUCUCUAUUUGUGAAUGGCAUAGCAGCCGUCCAGGUUUUCGUCAGGCAACAAAAAACACACGUACAUUUACAUUUCUAAAGCAGAAAUUAUUUCCUUGUAUUCGCACCGCACCCGUCACCAUUUUUUGUCCGAAGUGAAAUAUGAAACCUCUUCCUGGUCUUGGAUUUAUACAGUACAUUAAAAGAAUGAAAUGAAACAUUCAUUUGUGCUGAGCAUGCUGAUCAAGCCUGCAGAAACUCCAUAGAGUAUAGUCAUCUGGCCGAUACAGGAGCUUCUUCAUUGAAAUAUGUCGGAGAGUGAAUCAGUGGGGAACAGUGCGAUGGAGAGCCCAGGAGAAAGCAGUCCCAAGGCUGACAGCGGCACGUCUCGAGUCAUACUAGUUGUAUUCCUGGCUCUCCUGAUAGAUCUGCUGGGAUUCACUCUUAUUCUGCCGCUGCUUCCUUCAAUUCUGGAUGACUAUGGGAAGACAGAUGAUGGUGUAUAUCAGUCUCUACAGAGCAUCGUGGACUGGUUUGGUGAAACGAUAGGGGUUCCUGUUGAAAGAAAAUACAACAGUGUUCUCUUUGGAGGUCUGAUUGGCUCCUUGUUCUCUCUGCUGCAGUUCCUCUCCUCCCCUCUCACUGGCGCUGCUUCUGACUAUUUUGGAAGAAGACCAUUAAUGAUGAUUUCAACAGUGGGGUUGAUGGCUUCUUAUGCACUCUGGGCUGUUUCCUGGAACUUCAGUGUCUUCCUUCUCUCGAGAGUGGUUGGAGGAAUCUGCAAAGGGAACGUCAGUCUUUGCACAGCUAUCAUUGCUGACCUGCCAUGCCCCAAAAUGCGAAAUAAAGGAAUGGCCAUGAUUGGUGUUGCCUUCUCACUUGGUUUUACUGUUGGCCCAAUGAUUGGUGCAUACUUUGCUAUGAACACAGCCAAGGGGGAGAUAUUUUACCUCAGCCCAGCACUGUUGGGCCUAAUGUUUUCUACUGCUGACUUAUUAUUCAUCUUCCUAAUGCUUCCAGAGACGCUUCACAAAGAAAACAGAGUUUCAUCAGUGAAUUCUGGGUUACAGGAAUCGGUUGACUUGCUCAGCCCAGUGGCACUAUUUCAGUUCUCUGCUAUUACUAGAAGAAAGGAUUCUCCUUCAAAAGAAAGUCUGCAGAGCCUUAAAGUACUGGGCUUGGUCUACUUUUUCUACCUGUUUCUCUUCUCUGGACUGGAGUACACACUGAGCUUCCUCACUCAUCAGCGCUUCCACUUUACCAGCAUGCAGCAAGGAAAGAUGUUUUUCUUCAUUGGAAUUACAAUGGCUGUCAUCCAAGGAGGUUAUGCCCGAAGAAUCAAACCAGGAAGUCAGAUUAAAACCGUCAAGAGGGCGAUAAUCCUUUUGAUCCCAGCUUUCGUUCUGGUUGGUUUGGCGUGGAAUGUGACUAUGCUGUACAUUGGGCUGUUACUUUACUCAUUUGCUGCUGCUACUGUUGUGCCAUGCCUGUCCACACUGGUGUCUGCAUAUGGGUCUGCUAGUCAGAAGGGGACUGUGAUGGGGAUUCUUCGCAGUCUGGGCGCUCUUGCAAGAGCUUUAGGACCGAUUAUAGCAUCAACUGUGUAUUGGUGGGCUGGAGCAGAGAUAUGUUUCAUUAUUAGUUCUGCCUUCUUCAUUGUCCCUCUUGUGCUUUUGAGGCUUAUCAAACAGACAAAAACAGAAUGAAGGGAAGAUUUAAGAGAAACUGGACAGGAUGAGGAAGAGCCCUGAAACACUGCUGUUCUGCAAUGGGCCCUGGAGAUAUAACUGCAAAUAAAACACACAGGAAACCUGUUUACUGUUCAAUACUUUUUUUUAAAAGAAAUUAUAUUCUACAUUAAUACUUUUUAUAUAUAAAGUAAAUUACACUCAAAUAAAAAAAUAAAACACUGCUGGAUUACUAUAGACAUUUUGUAUAUGUGUGCAUAUCAACUGGAGCCCUUAAAGGGAGCUACAGUACCAUUCUCUCUUAUGUGAUGUAGAGGUUUUGGUUUAAAAAUGAUCAUGAGGAUCCAAAAUCUGUACUGAGCUCAGCAGUAAAGUGUGGUACCAAAUCUUCUGAUCUUCAUAGAGUAUAUGUUGCUUGAGUAAAAGGUCAGUUGGAUUCUCAAGUUGCAUCACUACAGUGAAACGAAACCAUGCUGAAGGAGGGUUGAUUUAGCACUACCAUAAAUGUGCCCAUAAGGGAAAUUGCAUUUAAGUGCUUUAUAUGGACAUCAUUUGUCUUCUAGAAAUGUCCAGCCAUCGAGAUUGUAAACAUCAGAAUGACAGCAUUUGCAGAGUGACACAUCUUGAUGGCAUCCUUCAAAUCAGUUGGUUUGUUAGUUGAAGAAUAAUAAUGUUCACUUUAAGAUACACUUACAGGACUUAUAUCGAGAUCAUGCAAGUGCCUUUGUUUUUGUAUACACUUUGUUUUACAAAUAAAUCACUUUAAAUUUG